CCGUUGGAUGCUACCAUGGAAUCGGGCUUCUUACGGCCAAAUUCCUAUUUUACCCUUAAUUCCGCCCAAGUGUCUUCUCUUCAUCUCGUCCAUACGAAAGUCACGAUUUUCUCUUUCUCCAAUGUCACGGCCCUUUACAAUCCAAUCAACAGCCGACUCCAAGCCCCGUCUACCAGACAAGAGGAACCGAACGGGAUCUGGAAACUAGGGCUUGAAGCCCGCCUCAAAGAUACCUACAGGGUGCAAUACCCCACCUCUUUUGAUAUGGGAAACAAACCUACAAAGAGAGAACCUACAAAGAGAGAGAGUGAUGUGAUUCAAGUGAAAGUUAUGCCACCAUUAGAUCAAGCCCUUUUGAAGUGGCUUACUCGAGAUUUGGAUCGCAUUCAUAGCUUUGCUCCAAGGAAUCCACGUGCCAUCAAGCCACCAGAACAUUAUAUCGAGUACAUGCGUAUGAAUGGAUGGUUGGAUGUGAACUUAGAUGAUCCUGAUUUGGCUCACCUUUUCAAGUGACAAGGCCCCUACUCUUUUGUCUCUGUGUUUUAAUAUUGUUUUGGCUCAACUCAUUAAGUUCCCUUCUCUUCUUUUCUCUUUCCGCGUACGGGUGAGGUGGGAUGAUGAUCUUGAUUUGAUUAGCCUCUCAAAAUAACAAGAUCUUUCUCUUUCUUCUGUCUUUGUUUUUCAUUGUUGGUUGAGCUAGGUUUGGCAGAAAUCAGUUCGAAGGCAUGUGAUGCUUAACCCAACAACAAUGAUAAAUUGAGGCAAUGAUUGUCCCACCUCUUCAAGUGAAGAAUCAUCUUUUCUA